CAGUUUCGCAAAAAGGCGGCAGCACUUUUGGAAUUGAUCAAAACAACGCGCAAACACAAAUUCUAUUUCACCAUAAAGAUAUCCCUUUAGGCAAAAGAAAAAUGAACGACACCUUUGGCGGAGAAUUUAAUGCUAAUCAAACCACUGAUGGUGCGGCGUCCGAGAAAAAGUCCGAGGGAAUUGCUCCAGUGUUGAUAAAGCAAGUUUUGAAUUCGCCAGAAGGAAACUUUCAAAUGUUCGAAAUGAGUUUUAGUAUGGUUUGUGUUAAGGCCAUUGUGCGAAAUAUAGAUACAUCAUCGACAAAGAUAACGUAUACAUUGGAAGAUAGCACUGGACGCAUUGAAGCUCAUUACUGGUUGGAAGAAGGGGAUACGCUGAAAGCACCCGAUGUAAUGUUAAAUAAUUAUGCCACAGUAUAUGGCAGCGUUCGAUCACAGGGUGGUCAAAAGACAUUGAUGGUCUUUAAAAUGUUGCCUGUAAAUGAUGCAAACGAAGUGGUUACACACAUAUUGGAAGUUCUCAAUGCCCGCUAUAAGUCGGAAGAAUAUGCUACGAAAGGGGGUGGCUGCGACUUUAGCGGUGGUUCCAAAGCAGCCAGUGAUGGCGGCGGCUUUGGAGUACAAGGUAGUAAUGAUUUGGGUUUGGAUGGCAAAAACCUUGUUGUUUUCAAGGCUAUAAAGGAGCACAUGUCAAAUGAUGGCAUUAGCCGUGAUGAAUUAAAACGCAAAUUUACCCAAAUGAGAGAAUCCGAACUGAACGGCAUCCUUGAUUUUAUGAUUUCUGAAGGUCACAUAUAUUCUAGUAUAGAUACAGACCAUUUCCUUAGUACGGAGUAAAAGCAAUGCAUUUACCAUUCCAUGAAGACUUCAAUCGCUGCCCAGUUUUUUUUAUUGAAACGAAAGACUGGGUACAUACUUCGUUCUCAAAAAUUGGCUAAUAUUUACGUUACUUUGUUACUUUUUUACGUAAUCUAUGAAUAAAAAUUACAGUAUUUUAAUAUA